CUCCUCCUCAAGGACUCGUAUUUUCGGGGUCUCGGAUUCUGGGUGUCUCCCGAUAUUCCUCCUCAAGAGCCGUCGGGAGACACAACUUCCUCUUGGGUUCCUCCUUUCAGGAGCACUCGACUCCGUCGGCGAUCUUCUCGAAGAGAUCCUUCUCCGGAGGAGGACACCGAGGGCGAAGAAGUAGGGUCCGCGACGGGGACCCUAUCUCUGGCGCUUGCUGACCAACCUCCCCUUUCGGAAGAGGUGGUGGUUGAGGACGUCUCCGAAGAUGAUGGCCUCUACGACUUCCCUCUGGGGACCCUGAGGGUGUCCGGCCUUAUCCCCGGCGUCCCUCACACUCCUCUCUUUGGCAGGGGAACUUCUUCUUCGGCUCAGCCCAUGGGCCCACUAGGUUUCCACCCCCAAACCAGUGGGCCCUUUCCGACAGGGCGCGCCACUGGUUUGCAAGGGUCCCUUGAGCCGCCUCACGUUCAGGCCGAUUAUGUUGCCACUUCCUCUGCUCAGCGCCAUUCCCUUCGCUUAUUGGAUUGCAAUGCUGCUUUAUCAAAGGAGCUGCGGGAUUUCAAAUCUCGGCACUCUAUUUGCGUUGAGCGUCCGGAAUAUGAUCGGGUUUUGUCCGAGAACGACUGGAUCCACUCGGACCGUGAGCGGCUUGCGGCCAAGGUCGGGCAACGUGACCUAAACCGGAUUCACGAUGCCAAGGAGAUAGAAUUCCUAAGGAGGGACUUGGAGCGGCAGGUCAGAGAGCGUGAGUUGCAAGUUCGAGAGGAAGCAGAACUUCACCGAAGGAGAUCAGAGGAGGAGCUGGAGCGAACGUGGCGUCGUCGAUCCGAGGAGGAAGCGAGGAAGGCGGCGGAAGAGGUCGAGCAGAGGUGGCACCUCCAACAUGAAGAAACAGAACGUCAACUUUCUCAACGGGUCAACGAGCUAAACCUGACCCUUAUGGAGGAGAGGCGUUCAGCUCGGAGUUCCCUUGAUGAGGCCCGCCGCUCGCUCGAGAACGAGCGUCUCACAUAUGAGGGACAUAUGGCUCAGAUGGAGGCGGAUCGCAUUUCAGACUAUGGCCAGGGUUUCUAUCGUGGAGCGACCCGUGUCAGUAGAGGACAACUGGAGAUGCUGAAGAAUCCAUCCAAGGCACUACUUGACAAAGGGAAUGAUCCCCUUCACAAGGCGACAAGGCAGCUUGAGGACGAAACCAGUCACCUCGCACCACAUCGGCAGCAUGCCCCCACGUGGGCGCACGUGGUCCUGUCCCCUUAGCCUAGUAUAAAUACUCAUGUAAACCUCAGAAAGAGGGAUCCGAAUUCACUCUCUCUAAAUUCCCUUGUAAAAGCACCCGUGCAUUCUCCGUUAUAAUAUAAAGUGGGCUACAGG